UUCGCCAAGUGACCAACCUUAGUGGCUCAGAGGCAACAGUGGAUUUGCCAGACUUUGAUGCCCCUGUAACAGGCAUGGAAACCUCUGCAGAUGUGAACAUGGAGGAAGUGGACGAGGAUAUGAUUGUGGAGGAUGCAGAUGAGUAUUCAGCUCAACCUUGGAUGAAGCCUCAUAAUCUUCUACAAGACAAAUUGCUCAGAUACAUCCUGGACACGGGGCGACUGGCUGAUGAGGUCAUUGUGAAGGAGGGAGCGAUAUGCCUCUUAAGAGAAGAUUUUCGGACACUGGGUUUGAGAAGGGAAAUGGAGUCUGAUAUUGGAAAUGCCUGCAUGAAACUGAUUUAUGAAGAUGCUCGGGCGCAUGGCAAAGACAUAUAUACUGCUGAUAUGUAUGUCGUUACUACAUGGAAAGACAGUGUAGAUCCCUUAGCCUACUUUCCAGAUGAUGCUGACAUGAAGGAUGCCCUUGUUUUGCCCCUAUGGACAAACGCUGCCGGCCCAGAACAUUAUCUGAGUAUUGCACAUCGUCUCGACCCUGGACAGUGGACAGAGGUCACAGGAUUGGAUAUUGGGGGCUUUCCUCAACAGAACAACAGCAUUGAUUGUGGAGUUUUCAUGCUUAUGUAUGCCCUUUACACUGUGCUGAACACUCCAUUCAAUUUUACUUCGGUGAGCUUUUCUAUUUUCUUCCUUAGAAGGUUGCUAUAA